AUGAAGACUGAAGUAAUCACCACCAUGAUCGCCUUGGUCUUCUUCGUGCAUUUCGCUACCACCAUCAGCCCUAACACACAACCCUCAUGGCUCUUCUCUCUCCUGUCACUCUCCCUGGCUGUGGCGGCGGUCACAGUGCCGUUCAUGGUCACCACCACCCGCCAUACACGUAGGAUUGUCGGAGCUGCCGCCAUCAUCCCGGGGCCACGAGGGUGGCCGCUGGCGCGUCGCCGACCAGAUGGAGAGGUCCGGGGAGGUGGCCAUGAGAGCCUUGCUCCAGAGAGCCUCCCUAGAGAGCAUGGCGGGCAGCGUGUGGGCCUCGAGGGUGCCGCUGUUAGUGAGGAGCUAGGUGAGAUGGUGAGGGAAGGGUAUGAGCUCGUGGGCACGUUCAACCUAGGAGACCACUACUACAAGACACCAUGGGGCCUGCUGGUGGACCUCUGGGGGCUGGGGCCCCUGUGCGGGGGGUUGGCUGCUAGGGUUAGAGGGUAUUUUGGGAAGAUCAUUGAGGAGAGGAGGGUGGCAGGGGACUGCCACGAUAGGGACGACCUGCUCAGCUACAUGUUUUCAUUGCCAGAGGAGGAGAAGUUGGAGGACUCUGAUGUGAUUGCUGUGCUAUGGGCCGGUUUAUAUAUGGAAGUGCAACUCCGUAACCCUAAUUUUCUGGAGAUAAUAAACAAUUUCCUAACUAUGCCUUUUGUUCUAAAAGUCAAAUUGUUUCUCCAUGAUGGGCAUUAUGCAUGUAAGGAGAUGAUCUUCCGUGGCGUGGACGUCGUGGCGAUACUCCUGGAGUGGGCCAUGGCCCGCAUGUCGCUGCACCCAGACAUCCAAUCCAAGGCCCACGAGGAGAUGGACGCAGCGGUGGGCCUCCGUCGUCCCGUCACCGACUCCGACGUCCCCAACCUUCCCCUCCUCCAAUGGAUCCUCAAGGAGACGCUCCGGAUGCACCCGCCGGGCCCGCUCCUCUCCUGGGCGCGCCUGGCGGUGCAGGACGCGCAGGUGGGCAAGCACGUGGUGCCGGCGGGGACGACGGCCAUGGUGAACGUGUGGGCCAUCUCGCACGACGAGGCCAUCUGGGGAGACCCCUGGGUGUUCCGGCCGGAGAGGUUCAACGCGGACAGGUCACCGCGGCGGAGCGACUUUGUAGUUACGCCUGUCACGUUAUUCGCUGCGGAGUUUGGGUUAAAGGUCAUACCAUUGCUUCUGUUGAUGUCAGAUAUUAUCAUAAAAGACCUCCAUGACAGGGAGCUCAAGGUCACUCUUUGGGGUCAGCGAGGUAAAGCAUUCAGCGUCGAGAACCUAUAUGAUGAGGCUGAUCCCAGAGCAAUUGUAACUUUGUUUGUUGGAUGUGUCCCUAAAGAAUAUCAGAAGGUUGUUCAUGUUACUGCAAAUAAUGCUUGUCAUUGGUAUUUCAACCCUCCCAUCGCAGAGGCUCAGCCAUUCUACACUAGAUUCCAAGGUCAGCGGUUCUCAAUAGACAUACCUGCUCCACCUGUUGAAGAAUCACCGGAUACACAGGAAACCAUAGUCAUAGAGCACAAGACGCUUCAAGAGCUCAAUGAGAUUGACCCUUACGAUUUCCCGGCAACAACAGCUGCAUCUGAUCCACUCGGUACACCGCUGUCAGUUGAGCAGUUGCUUAACACUACUUUACCUGCUCAGGAUAAACCAGACGAUACGGCCGGCCAUUGUGACCCUGCUGAUCCAUCCAGGUCACCACCGCAGGACAAGACCAAAGCUGUCAAGAGAAAGCUAUUUGAUGAUCAGAGUACCGCCGAGCAGGACGGAGAAGAAUCUGCUGAACUUCCUGAGGACAUACCUCAAGGAUCGACAGCCGUUGCUGACAUGGACAAAGAAAAAAGCAAACGAAACACUCAUUCUCAAGAAACGUCGGACUACCAGCCAAAGAGGCCUAAGUAUCAAUGA